AUGGCGAUGGUGAAGCUGAUGCUCAUCUCCUGUUCCCACAAUGUAAUCAAGAUUCACACGGCUAAUUACGGACGGACAACCUCCACAGUCUGCUCGGUUAACCAACCUCCACACAAAAUCGACAACACCAACUGCUAUUCAUCCGACACAUUGUCUGUUGUCAAGGAGAGCUGUGAUGGGCAGCUGCGCUGUUCAAUAAAGGCCUCCAACAGAAUCUUCUCCAAUCCGUGCCCUGGGAUCUACAAAUACCUGGACAUCUCUUAUAGCUGCGUUCCUCUCAGACUAGACGUGAUAAAGAUCCAUGCUGCUAACUACGGGCGGACUGACGGACACACCUGCUCUGUUGGACGAGCUGCAGAUGAGGUCACCAAUACCCGCUGCCGCACCUCGCUUGCCCUAGGCAGAGUCAAGGACAGGUGUGAUGGACAGGACAGGUGCAUGGUGAUGGCAUCAAGCGAUAUCUUCCCAGAUAGAUGUCCUGGGACCUACAAGUACCUGGACAUCUCCUACAGCUGCGUUACUGAAAUGUAG